UACCCUUUUUUAGUACCGAUUUCACUACCUGGCUGUCCCUCGUGUUGUUUCUACAGUUCUAGUGGACUGCGGUGCCGCAGGGAAUUUUAUUGACCAGGUCCUUGCCUCCUCCCUGAACAUAACAUCAUACCCACUCUCUUCUCCGUUUCCGGUUCAAGAGCUGGAUAACCGACCACUGGGAUCUGGGACAAUCACACACAUCACAGCACCACUCACCAUCACCGUGGGACCUCUGCACCAAGAAAACCUUCCCUCCUCAUCAUCCAGGCACCUGUACACAAAGUCAUCCUCGGCCUCGUGUGGCUCCAAAGCCACAACCCCACCAUCUCCUGGUCGAGGAUGGAGACCACGGCCUGGGCACCUGGAUGUCAGAAGAACUGCUUUCCCUUACCCUGUGGUUCCACGUCGGUUGAGAGUCCUGUGGUUGCCCUCCAGGCUGACAUCCUGGAGGUUUACCAGGUUCUCUGGGAGGUUUUCUCCAAGACCCUCACCACCUGUCUCCCUCUUCAUUGCCCCUGGGACUGUGACAUCGACCUGCUAACAGACUCUGCGACUCCGCAUCUACCCACUGUCGGUGGCUGAAAGCAAGGCUAUGGAGGAAUACAUCAAGGAGGAGGAAAAGAGGGACCGAGCACGCCCCCAUUCUCAUCGACGGGGCUGUAGUGGAGCAGGUUGAGAGCUUCAAGUUCCUUGGUGUCCACAGCAACAAACUAACAUGGUCCAAGCACACCAAGACAGUCGUGAAGAGUGCACGACAAAACCUAUUCCCCCUCAGGACACUGAAAACAUUUGACAUGGGUCCUCAGAUCCUCAAAAGAUUUAACUGCUGCACCAUCGAGAGCAUCCUGACGGGUUGCAUCACUGCCUGGAAUGGCAACUGCUUGGCCUCCGACCGCAAGGCACUACAGAGGGUAGUGCGUACGGCCCAGUACAUCACCGGGGCCAAGCUUCCUGCCAUCCAGGACAUCUAUACCAGGCGGUGUCAGAGGAAGGCCCUAAAAAUUGUUAACGACUCCAGCCACCCUAGUCAUAGAUUGUUCUUUCUGCUACCGCACGGCAAGCGGUAUUGGAGCGCCAAGUCUAGGUCCAAGAGGCUUCUAAACAGCUUCUACCCCCAAGCCAUAAGACUCCUGAACAGCUAAUCAAAUGCCUACCCAGACUAUUUGUUUGUAAAUACCUUACCUUUACCUUGUGCAGAGCUAGGGGUUGGAAGAGCAUGUUGGUGGAAUCAGAUUAUGUACCACCUACAACAAAAUACACAAUUUAACCACCCACUAACUGUAUUGAUCUCUAUUAGACUGGCUAGCUUAGCAUACCUAACAUGGACAUUUCAAAACUGUCUGCUUGCUGUUAACUAACUAGCAUCACUAAAUUGGCAGCAAGAUUGCUAUCCAGUUGAGACUGUCUGAGUACCAACUAACCAACCAUAGACGAUUUAUACACAUUCAUCAUUACUAACGUUAGCAACACACAAACAGAGGGUGAGUUAGCUAUAGCAACAAUUAUAUUUGUAGUAACUGAGUGUUUUCCAGACAAGGGUGGAAUAGAUGGUUACCAGAUUGAGCUACUCUUAUUUGCUAACAUUAGGUAGCUUAUGUUAGCUAAAGUCAGUCAAAGAUAGAAUGAACAAACAAACAUGUUUACUCUGCUGAAGGUAGUUACCAGUCUAGCAGUGACUACCAUGGCAUUGGCGAAAUUGAUUGACAGUGUGUAUACCAAAUAAUAUAGCUAUACGAUUUAGCUGAUGGCUUUCAGAGUUCAAUACAUGUUGUGGAAAAAUUCUUACACAGGGACACUCGAAGUCAAUCUUAAAUGAAUCAUUGUUUAUUUGCAGCCAUAAGACUCCUGAACAUCUAAUCAAAUGGCUACCCAGACUAUUUGCAUUGUGUCCCCCCUUUUCUAUGCUGGUGCUAAUCUGUUAUUAUCUAUGGAUAGUCACUUUAAUAACUCUACAUACAUGUACAUAUUACCUACAUUACCUCGACUAACCGGUGCCCCCGCACAUUGACUCUGUACCAGGAAGUAAACAUAGGUACGAUGGUUGAGGUUCACAGACAUGUAUUUUACUACCAGGACUAGAAUGUUAUUGUGCUUUUAGUCUUGUGAGUUCAUGUUACUGUGGAGAUGUUACUGUGGAGAUUCUCUAUUAUUUUAUUUAUAUAUUUGGGGAUUUUAACCAUUAUUUAACUAUUGAAGUGGUUAUUGUUUUGAAAACAGUUCCAUGACCAGUUAUUUGUGUAUGUAAAUAAUGGUGUUGCAUGAGAUAUUGUAGACUAGGAGACACUUGUGUCACAUUUCCAAUGAGGAUGUACCCCAGUGCUUUACCUAAAAGUCUCAGACUUUUCUGUUUCUAUCUACCUGGGCCGGCACCCGUAUCUCACUGGGCCAUGGCUCUGUCGGACCAGCUCUAUCUUGGAGCCAAGGCAAGGCCCUGGGUACUUUUCAGCCCCAUUUACAUAACAAUGGCUAACUGUAAACUUCAAUACCUUCAACCAGAGGUUGUUGACUCUGCUCGCCACAAGUAUUGAUGGAAACAAUAACAUCAAAAGGGAAUUUCACCUUGACUCAUUACUAUAUUAACAACAUUACGUUUUUAUCAUAAACACAAUUAUCCAAACCACAAGCUAAUGCUAGCACAUUUUCAUUUCACUGGUAGAAUCGGGAAGUUUCAACUUCCAAAUGGUCUUGGUCUGAAACAGGUAUGACGGUAAGAGUGAAAGUGACCAAUUAGACGUCAACUUUACUUAUUGAAGUUAGAUUCUAUCUGAUUCAAUAGUAAUUUCCAUUAAUCUGGCCAAAUACGUUUAGAUUUAAAUACUAGAGCCAUUUGAGAAUAGACCACUUAUAAGUUAGGUGUACAGUAUUGUGCAUUGCAUUGUGUCAAAUAAGAUAAUUCACUGUUGUAUGGUCAGACAAAAAAGGAGGCGACUUUACGUUGUAUGAUAAUUAGGGGGUGGAGAGAGACGAAGGCAGUAACAUAUCUAUUCAACAAUGGAACGCAAAAGCUUGAGCAAAGUGUAAAUUCUAGAAUUCGAGACAUUUCACAGAAGAAUGUUAGUCUUGUGUAGGCUAAUGACUUAAUCUAAUUCUGUUCCGAUGUUGUGGAGCAGGUAGUGUUACCAGUUUGUCUGGUGUUUUGCAACUGUUCGAGUUGGAAUUAACAUUUUACCUCGUGCGUCAGGUAGGCUACGGACUACGAAUUCCUGGAGAGUGAGCGAAAGAAAUGUUUGAAAAGUAAACCGAAAAGUUGGGACCUUUUUUUCUUGUUACUGAAUAUUUGGAAUGUAGUUAUACUGUAGAAAAUGUGUACACAAUUUGUGUGCUACUGUAAAUAAAUCGAGCAGCUUUGGUUUGAUUGGCAAGAACUACGAAGAGACACGAACACCUGACGCACAGUCCACCGCCGUAAGCUUGUCUUCAAAUGUUUCUCCAAAUAGGCUACUCCAAUGGCAACACGUUACUCUCAUGUUUCUAAUAAUAAUGAGAUGACGAAAAUGCAUUAUUUCAUACCAUUUUGAAGCUUGUUGUUCAACUUGGAUAGAUUUUGGAACUCCCUAAGAUUGAUAUUGGGAGUGCCACUGAAUCAAGGGAUGGAGUUACCUGUCUGGGGCCAGAGCCAGUGGGGCACAGCGUGGUUGGUGCUAUGGGCAUUUGCAGUGUGUGUGAGGGGUGGGUUUGUGGAGCCUCCUCCAUCCUUCUCCCUGCGUUCCUUGACGGAGGAUGAGACGCGGCUGCCCUGCCAGUUUCAAGUUCAGGAGGAGGAGCAGGUAGUUCAGGUCAGCUGGUUCAAGGAGCUACCUGAUGGCACCAAGGAACAAAUCAUCACUGCCCACCUCACAGAGGGACACACAGAGUUUGGGCGGUACUCUGGGAGAGUGAGGUUUGAGAGCAGUAGCCCCACAGUGGACUCUGCCCUGCUCAUCAUGAACACGGAGGAGUCUUAUGAGGGGAAAUACACCUGUCACAUCAGCACAUUCCCCUAUGGAAACUUUGAGAGGCAGCUGUCACUCACUGUGUGGACCCUACCAAUCUCCUCUCUGGACCCGGUGGUUCUGGAGGAGGGCCAGUCCUUCCGCGUAGCUGCCUCCUGCCGCUCCGUGGCCCGUCCUCCACCUCGACUGACCUGGGAUACGGAUCUCCCUGGUCAGAACCAGAACCGCAGCUCUGAGGGCGGGGCCGUGUCCACCCACUUCUCCCUGCACCCCCUGAGGAGUAUGAAUGGCAUGCGGCUGGACUGCCUCGUCUGGCACCCUGCUCUGGAGCAACCCCGGAGGAUCAGUAACCGCCUGGUGGUGCAAUUUCCCCCAGAUGCAGCUGUCACUGGCUAUAAUGGAAACUGGUACAUGGGACUGAAGGGAGCUGAACUCAAGUGUGAGACUGGAGGAAACCCCAAACCACAGAGCUUCACCUGGACCAGGGGUGGUAAGGCCCUGCCAGAUGGCCUGACUGUGGAUGGAGCAAGGCUUCUGUUUGGCCGAGCCCUGAGACAGAAUGACACUGGAGUUUAUGAAUGUGUGGUGAACAACGGCAUUGGGACAAGGAAAGUAGAAUCGAACAUCACAGUGACAGAGAAAAUUCGCAGUGUGCAGGAAACCACUGUUGACACUCUAGUGAUGGUAAUUAUAGUUGUGGCUGCUGGGGUUUUGGUCAUCGUCAUGAUCAUCAUCAUCAUCUUAGUCAACCAAUACCACAGGCGCAAAAACAGAAAAUUAGAGAUGGAGCUUAGCGAAAGAACGUUAAAAAUCAACACACUCUCCAGACAGGACUCCUCCCGGAGACUCAACUCUGUCAGCACAGACCUCAGAGGACAGAAUGAAGACUGUACACUACUCAGACUAGACAGUAGAAUGAAAAACAGCCUAAUGUCCCUUGAGGACCGUCCCAUCUACAUAGGCAGUGAAUCAUCCCUGGGUGGGAGGCGGGGGACUGUUGGAGAGGGGGAUGUGGACUACCUAGGCCGCCCUGUCCUGUACCAGUCUAGCUGGCAUGAAGGCAGAGAGAGUAUGAGGGGCGCUGAGAUGGAGGGAGAGAGGGAAGAGCGCAGACGAAGAGUGGAGUCGUACCUGAAGAGAAGCAAUAUGUCCCUGGACUCUGGCCUUCCUUCCUCCCUUGUCCCCAUCAAGCCCCAGGACCAGGAUGGCAGUGUGGGGCCCACAGACAUCACCCCAAUGCUCAGUGGCCAGAGGGAGGUGGUGACCAAAGGGGAAGACUGGGGCCAUAGACAGGCUGUGCUGGAGGUUGAUGAGGCAGACUGUGAUACCAGUUCUUACCAGAUCUCAGAGGCGCUCUCCAACCACUUCCACUACAGCAACGGGUUCCUGCGGCCCAAACCACACUCCAACGCCAUCCUCCUACACCCCAGAGGACAGAUCAUCUAGACAUGGGAGGCUUGGCUGAAAAGGGAACUGCACUCAGCUCCACCCUAACCUAGUGGUCAUUAUACAGAAGUGAGGGUUUGGCAACUUCAUGCUCACCUUCAUUGCCAUUUGUCUUUUUUUUUAAUCAGCAUUGUCUUCUUGUAUGUCCUAUGUAAACAAAAUUGACUAGCCUAAGUAAAGAUUGCACAAGAUUGCACCAUCA